GCCUCUCAACGAUGGCCCAUCGCAGGACCGACUCCCAACGCCAUCUCCCCCCGCCACUCGACAUGGCCCCGCCCUCAAAGGCUGCCCUCCCCCUCCUCCCCGUCGUCUACCACGCACUCGACUCCCCCUCCCGCUCUGCCUCAUCCUCCUCCCUCCCCUCCAUCGCAGACAUCAUCCACCCCCGCAAGUCCCGCCAACGCACCACCUUCGUCGCCCUCUUCGCACUCAUCAUCCUCUCCGUCUACGUCUUCCUCGUCGCACAGCCCGCCCUGUCCCCCAUCCCCCUCCACAAUGCAGACGACGACUCCACGCCCUGGAGGCACAUGGCCAACUCCUACAUCGAGAAGAACAAGCAUCGUCUCUCAGGCGCACCUUCACGUCCUCCCCAGAUCUCGCUCGACCCAGCACAGGAGCUCGCGGCACUGACGAGCUUCAUGGCCGCCCUCCCCCAGAACGUCAUUCCGUCUUCUGUCGACCCCUCGCUCCCAAUAGACCCCCAGCUCGUCCUCGACUUUGACACCCGCAGUCCCCGAGCAGAGUCGGAGAUCCAGGAGGUCGUCAUUGACGCCUGGAUGCGCAAUCCCGUCGUUCUCUUCUCCAAGGUCCACUCCCCUGUUUCAAGAGAGGUAAAAUCUCUUCUCCGAGAUAUGCACUUACGCCCAUCGCCCACGAUUUUUGAUCUUGACGAACGAGCCGACGCCCAAGUACUCGUCCCACUCCUUUAUCGUCUGACUUCCUCCGACUCUCUCCCCAUCCUCCUCAUCGGCGGCACCCCCGUAGGCUCAAUAGACGCCAUCCGCGAACUCGACGCCUCGGGGGAGCUCAAGAAGAUGGUGACAGAGGCUGGGGCAGUCAUCGACGGUGCCAAGCGGAAGAAAGGUCGUCGCUCAUGAGCAUGAAAUAUGGUUUCUUUUCCAAUCAAUCAAUGGUGAGCCGCGCUGCUAUCUCUCGGCCGUGCCUGAAUGAUAGAAUGAAAAAGCGCUAACAAAUUGCUCCUUCUCUUCUCCCGUCGGCGUUUUUUUGAUCACUUCCAAUUGCCUUCCUCGACGUUGCAAAUCCCGGUGCACAGGCCCCCGUCAGCGUCCGUUCACGAUACAUACAACACAAGCACAUAUCAUAUACUCACCUUUU